AUGCAUCAGCCUCAAGGAUUUGUUGAUCCUGAUCACCCUGAUUACGUAUGUCGACUACGCAGAUCGUUAUAUGGUCUCAAGCAGGCUCCUCGGGCGUGGUUUCAGAGAUUUGCCAAGUUUAUCACAGGUUGUGGUUUCCGUGGUAGUGUAUGUGAUCCCUCACUUUUUGUUCAUCAAUCAGGAUCUGAAACGGCAUACUUACUUUUAUAUGUUGAUGACAUUAUUUUGACUGCCUCUACUGAUGCUCUCCUAUGCCGCUUCAUUGAUUUGAUGAAGAGAGAGUUUGCUAUGUCUGACCUUGGUCCAUUACAUCAUUUUCUGGGCAUCACUGUUACUCGUUCAUCCUCAGGAUUAUUUUUGUCUCAGUCAUUAUAUGCACAAGACAUCAUCGCGCUUGCCUCCAUGACAAAAUGUAAUCCAGUGACUACUCCGGUCGACACAAAUUCCAAGCUCAGUGCUACCUCUGGCCCGGCACUUUCGGAUCCGACUCUAUACAGAAGCCUAGCGGGUGCUCUUCAGUACCUCACUUUUACUCGGCCAGAUAUUUCAUACGCAGUUCAGCAGGUAUGUCUAUUUAUGCAUGAUCCCCGUGAGCCUCACAUGCAUGCCCUCAAGCGAAUCCUUCGCUAUCUUCAGCGCACCAUCAACCACGGACUAUUUCUCUCGGUCUCCUCUAUCUCUGGCUUAACAGCAUACUCUGAUGCUGACUGGGCGGGUUGUCCUGAUUCUCGACGAUCGACAUAUGGUUUUUGUGUCUUUCUUGGUGACAAUCUCAUCUCCUGGUCCUCCAAGCGUCAAGGCACAGUCUCUCGAUCCAGUGCUGAAGCUGAAUACCGGGGAGUAGCAAAUGCGGUUGCUGAAACAACAUGGCUUCACAAUCUUCUUCUAGAGCUCCGACUACCUCUACGACGUGCUACUAUUGUUUACUGUGACAAUGUAAGUGCGAUAUAUAUGUCUGGAGAUCCUGUUCAACAUCAACGCACCAAACAUGUGGAGAUUGAUAUACAUUUUGUUCGUGAACGAGUUCGUAUUGGUGCCAUUCAAGUCUUACAUGUUCCCUCUGAGAACCAAUAUGCUGACAUCUUUACCAAGGGGCUUCAUCGACAGCUAUUUGUUCGCUUUCGUUCUAGUCUUAGCGUUUGUUCAUCUCCCGCUCAGACUAAAGGGGUGUAA